UUUCAGAGCAUCAAAUGAUUUAGCAACGCUAACCGCUAACCAUCACUGGAGUGAAAAAAACCCAGAAAAUGUCAUAUACAAAUAGUCCAGUCUGCACAACACACUGUUUUUGGAAAGUGUUUCUAGUGUCAUGGUUGCCAAGAUGAGAAGCAAGAAAGCUUUGAAGGAGUUGUUGAAGCUGGAUUUGAAAACAAUAGAAGCUAUGGCUCCGAAUCCAUUCCGCCUUACAAGAAUUGACGUCUUAGUGUCCCUGCAGGAUCCGGAGUACUGCAAAGUGAACCGGGCAGCAAUUAAGGCAAACAAGAGUCUCUACUGCGAGGAGGACCGUGCGGAACUCAAGAGGUUCUCCAAAGCGUUGAAGAUGCACCACUCUCUGGGAAAGGCAAGCAUGAAAGAGAAUAAAGGCAAGAGAACGCUGAAUAAGAAGAAUACUGCUGCAUCAUCGCCUUCAACAGGAUCCACAUCGACAUCUACAUCGCCUUCAACAGAAUCCACAUUGCCAUCUACAUCCCCUUCAACAUCCACAUUGACAUUUACAUUGCCUUCAACAGUAUCCACAUUGGCAUCUACAUCAACAGCAAAGACUGAUAUUCCAGAGCUUCCGGAAAUUUUCAAGGCGAUUAUUGCUUCCCUGAAAGGAUUUGAUGUAACUUUUGUGAUGCAAAGGAAGUUAACAAAGACAGACUUGGAGCCUAAUAACAGCCGGUUAGCGAUGCCGGAGAAGCAGAUAAACGAGGAGUGCAAGUUCUUGGCACACAAAGACGCAGCGAUUAUGAGGGUUCUUGAGGCUCGGGAUGGGAAGGGGCGGCUGAUUGGGAUGAAAGUAGGGCUCGUAGAACCGUCAGGUGAAGUGUGCCAUGAUCAGGUUCUGAAGAAGUGGAAUAUGACCUCUGCAUCAACUUAUAAUCUAGCGAGUUCUUCUUGGUGCGAAAUUGCUAGGAGGAAUCAUCUCAAGAAAGAUCAUCUUCUCAACAUUUGGUGCUUCAAUGAUGCCGCCAAUAAGUUUUAUUUUCUUCUCCAUCAUGUAGGCUCUGAACCUUUCGAGCCUUGCAAUCAAAUCAAGACUUAG